AUGGCGACGACGGGUAACGAAGAGCAGACGUUGUUGCCUGGUAUCGAAGAGGAGGCUGAGGGCAUGGAGCGAGAGAUGGAGUCAGAGGAGGAGGAGGAAGAAGAAGAAGGGAUGGGAGUUGAGCAAUCCGAGGAAGAAGAUGAAGAAGACACGUCUGAAGACGAGCGCGAAAAUGAAGCGGAGAUCCAGAGGCUGGAGGAACAGCUGUCAAUCAAUGCAUUUGACUACAACUGCCAUGUAGACCUAAUCAAACUCCUGCGGCAAGAAGGGAAGCUUCACAGACUGCGCAAGGCCAGGCAGAAGAUGAGUGAACUCUUUCCUCUCACCGAAGAGAUUUGGCUGGACUGGCUGAAGGAUGAAAUCCGUGUGACAGAAGACGAAUCAGACCGUGAGAAAGUCUACGAGCUGUUUGAGAGGGCUGUCAAAGAUUAUAUGUGUCCAGAGAUCUGGUUGGAAUAUGUACAGUACUCCAUCGGUGGAAUGGGAGCCCAGGGAGGCAUUGAGCGUGUUCGCUCCAUCUUUGAGAGGGCGCUGACUGCAGUAGGCUUACACAUGACUAAAGGAGCUUCAAUCUGGGAGGCCUACAGGGAGUUUGAGAUUGUUAUUCUCUCCACAGUCCAGCCUCCUCCUGGCAGCGUUGCAUCAAAGGAGCAGCAGGAGCUGCUGAAUGCCCAGCUCGAACGCAUACACAAACUCUUUAGACGACAGCUAGCUGUUCCUCUGAUGGAUAUGGAGGGGACGUAUGCAGAGUACUCGGAUUGGGCUGACGAUGGCGUACCUGAGACGGUCACGCACCAGUACAGACAUUCCCUUCAACAGUUGGAGAAAUGCAAACCUUUCGAGGAGGCUUUGCUGGUCUCUGAACCUCCAAAGCUGGCAGAGUAUCAAGCUUACAUAGAUUUCGAGAUUAAGGAAGGAGAUCCAGCUCGUGUCCAGAUCAUAUUCGAGCGAGCGCUGGCAGAGAACUGCCUCGUGCCGGACCUGUGGAUCAAAUACACCACGUAUCUGGAUCGUCAGUUGAAGAUUAAAGACCUAGUGUUAUCUGCUCAUGAGCGGGCCGUCAGGAACUGUCCCUGGACCAUGAGUCUAUGGAAGAGCUAUCUUUUGGCUCUAGAGAGGCAUGGAGCUGACCAUCAGACAGUGACAGAUGUGUUUGAAAAGGCCCUGAACGCAGGGUUCAUCCAGGCGGCUGAUUAUGUAGAAAUCUGGCAAUCUAAUCUGGACUACCUGAGAAGACGUGUUGAUUUUAGCAAAGAAUGGAGCAGGGAGUUGGACGAGCUGCGGGCAGCUUUUGCACGCUCCCUUGACUACCUGAAACAGGAUGUAAAAGAGAGGUUCAGUGAAAGUGGAGAUCUGUCCUGCAUAAUAAUGCAGAUCUGGGCAAGGAUAGAGGCCUUACAUUGUAAGAACAUGCAGAAGGCCCGUGAACUGUGGGACAGCAUUAUGACAAAAGGCAAUGCAAAAUAUGCCAACAUGUGGCUGGAAUAUUACAACCUGGAAAGGUCAUAUGGAGAUGCUGCUCACUGCAGGAAGGCUCUCCACAGAGCUGUACAGUGUACAUCAGACUACCCUGAGCAUGUCUGUGAUGUCCUGCUCAACUUUGAAAGAGUGGAGGGCUCUCUGGAAGACUGGGAUGCUGCAGUCCAAAAAACAGAGACUAAACUCAACAGAGUCAAUGAGCAGAGAGCAAGAGUGGCUGAAAAAGAGGCUGUCCUAGCCAGACAAGAAGAGGAGAAAGCAGAGCACAGGAGAAAAGCCAAGGCAGAUAAAAAAGCCCAAAAGAAGAGCCAGAAAGCAAACAGUACUGGGGAUAAACGGAAAGCUGAAGAUGAGGACGAGGAUGAAUGGGGAGAGGAUGAAGAGCUGCCAUCCAAGAGGCUCCGAGGGGAGGAGGACUUUGGUAGCACAGCCACAGAGGAGCACAUGGAGACAGAAAGUGGGCUUUUCAGUCGACGAGCUCCACCACCACGUAAAUCUGAGCCACCCAGUUUCCAUAAGAACCAACAGGGACUGUCUGAAGCCCCGCGACAGCCCCAGGAGCAGCGCAGAGAUGAAGAUUGUGUAUUUGUCAGUAACUUGGCUUUUAAUCUGGAGGACCCAGAGGGCAAGAUGCGAACAUUGUUUCAGGGUUGUGGGACUGUACAGCAGGUGCGACCCGUGUUUACACCGAAAGGUGUGUUUAGAGGCUAUUGCUAUGUGCAGUUUGAGGACAGGCUGGCUGUAUCCGAGGCAUUGAAACUGGACAGACAGGAGGUGGAUGGGCGGCCCAUGUAUGUGUCUCCUUGUGUGGACAAGAAUAAGAAUCCUGACUUCAAGGUUUUUAAGUACAAAACUGCAAUGGAGAAGCACAAGAUCUUUAUCUCUGGCCUGCCGUACUCCUGCACUAAAGAGACACUGGAGGAUCUCUGUAAACAGCAUGGCACAGUGAAAACCAUCCGGCUUGUCACCAACCGCUCCGGCAAACCCAAGGGUUUGGCGUAUGUGGAAUAUGAGAAUGAAGCGCAGGCCUCGCAGGCUGUGAUGAAGAUGGAUGGCACCAUGUUGGAAAACUUCACAAUCUCUGUUGCCAUUAGCAACCCUCCGAGCAGGAAGAUGGAAGAUAAAGCAGCACCAAGUCGAAUCCUGGGGGCAUCGACACUGAGGCAACCUCAGGGAGCAAGAGGAAAAGGACGCACUCAGAUCUCUCUGCUGCCACGCUCUCUGUACCGACAGAGUGCUCCAGAUGCCAAAGCAGAGAACGGGACUGUUUCUGCAACACACGCCACAGUGACCGAUGGAGUGCAUGAAGGACCUGGAACCACAAGCCUGGACACCCAAACCAAGCCUCUGUCCAACGAAGACUUUGCCAGGAUGCUCCUCAAAAAGUGAAACUGUAUGCAGAGACCACAAGAAGAAUACCUGCCUUCUGACAGAAAGCCAUGCUGUGUCCUUUAGAAGUCCGGUGGAGAAACAGCGUUUUAAUUUAGCCUGCUUUCUGUAAAUAUGUCACCACUCCCAACAUAUAUAGGAAAACUAUUUUAACACCUCAACCUUGGAGAUGCGAGCUGUAUUGUUUUCUUUAUUUCUUAGUAAUAACGAAUGGGAUUUGUGGGCAGAUUUCAGAUUUUGUCGGCGAGUAUUUUUUUAACAGGACGUUGAAACAAACGAUGUGGUGAUCGUUGUUUUAAAAGGUAUAUGCAAGAACAUUAAAUAUUAGGAUACAUGAUGUAUCAUAAAUAGGAUUUAACUCUGCUUCAUUUCUCAGUAGGUCACUUUUGGGGCGGCUGAUAUGUAGAUGCAUCUUGCACCUCUGUCUUGUCAAAGCCAACAAUAACAACAAAUAAAGAUCAAAACCUUUAUUUUACAUAUUCACUGAACUGCACGUUGUAUAAAUAAUUUAUUUGCAGUACCACAGCCAUUUGAACCAGUCUCGCAUGUGUACAUUUACAACUAAUAAAUAAACUGUCUUCAUAGAUGAUGAAGACUAAUGGAGUAAUAGUUGAUCUUGUCAGCAAAUUAAAUCCAGCACCUUGCCAACAACGUGUCACUAAGAGUUUCAGCUUUUGUGUUUAUUAGACUGCAAUGCUUUAAUUAAAAGCUGUACACUGUCCUGGUAAUGAGUAGAUUCUAGUUUUGUCACAUUUUGUAUUUUCUCCAAGCACUGCCCUUUUGAUUCUUGUUUAAUUGCUGACACGGCUUGUAAACCUGGCUUACCUUGUGUGCUCACUAAUGGUCUGAAGAUUAAAGCUUGUGCUCCACACAUAUAUUCAGUUCAACAUUCAGUCUAGAACCCAUGCGUUUGCGGUGAUAUUUGAGUCAAGGGCUGGCUGAGGAGCACAGUUGCUGCUUUAGAACCGAUUGGGUCCUUCCCGUAAGUUGAAGAAUCUAUGCAGCUGUAUAUUGCUAGAACCUUCCACUACGAGUUCACCCGAUUGUGAACCCAUCCUAUACUGUAUUGUGUGUGUGUGUAUGUGUACACACACCAUAUAUCAUCUAAAAUGUCCUGGAUAUUAGUAUUAUUUACUGGUUUUGAUGGUUAUGAUGGACUUUUGUACUUCAUCCAUUAUUAAAUGUUAAGCUGAUCUAUUUUUUUAACUGCAGUGUCAUACACUAGACAGUUUCCUCCUGUGUUGUUCUUUUGAUUGUGUUUGAUUCCCGUUCCCACCCCUCAAUGGUUGGCCAUAGUUUUCUAAAGCAUUUGUAUAUUUGGAACUAAAAAAAAAAAAAGAGGAAAAGUAGCUCUAUAUAUUUGCGUAUGAUCACCACAGUGGCCUAAAGUAGUGAUUGAGAAAAAAAAUAAUAAAAAAACGUGCUGUUGCAAUGUCUUGUUCAACAUUAAAAAUAAUGAAAACAUGGUAUACAUGUGGUAAAUUGUGCACUUUGUUUUUUAAUUUGGUUUAUUGUAUCUAUUAUUUGAUUUUAGAUUGGGCCAUUUUUAUUUAGCACCGUCAGUGUCAUGUUUAGGCAAUCUUAUAAUUAUUUCUAAUAAUGUUCCUGUUGUAUUUCCUGUGUUGCUCAAAUUGUGUGGUCAUAUGGUUUUAUUUUUCCUUUUUAUUAAAGCCUAAUUUGUUUAAUGAAGCAAUUAAACGUAUGUGGUUGUCAAACA